AUGCCUCCAAAAGAUGCAAGAAAAGGAAAAAAAACUCCAACAACAUUGGAAAAUUUGUCAAGUAUUUAUGGAGAGAUUGAAGAUAUUGAUACUUCUCCUCGGAGUGUGAGUCUCACUUUAGUUUUGGAAGGAGGGAGUCCAGGUCCAGGAGAUUGGCCCUUUAUAGCAAUAUAUAAUGGACAUAUAGUAUUGGAAUGUAAAUGGAGUGAUGGACUAGUUCUUGAAACGGAUAGUUUUCUUGCAGAUAUCAAUAAUCCUUAUUUUCAAGAUACUGCAGCGGAUAAACCUCUUGUUCUUUUGCUUCGUACAGUUAGUGGAAAAGGAGCUAAAGAUCCAGAUCCUUUGUUAAACUUGGAUAAUCGUGCAGGUGCUACAGUGGAUAUGUUCCCAUUAAUAUUAGGAGAGGAUGAAAUAUUCAUUACUGUUCCACUGGUUUUCUUAACAACAGGAGAAAGUACAAGCUGUAAAGUACAGGUUCAUGCUAAGGUUAAAGGAAAUAUUGAAACUAUUCAUAAAGUUCCGUUGAUUCUUACAUUGAUAUCUGCACAUUGUAUCCCUAUAUCCAAAGAUGGUACUGUUUAUGUAGCAGCAAUUGGUCUAGAUGGUCUUCUAGACCAAUCAGCAGUUAAUUUUGGCUUAUCGCUGAGCACUUCUGCCGCUACGAAAAUUAUGUGGGCAUCAGCUAGCAAUGGUGGCCAGGCAGCUAACACAUUAUUUAAUAUUUCAAAUCAAGACAAAUUUAUACCUCCGGAUUUUGAGGCAUCGAAUAACGAAGAAUGUAAUUCUGCGUAUUGGAAUGCUAUGAAACGAGUUCUUGUAAAUCCUUCGGUAUUACGAGAAAGAUUAUCUAGGCCAUUACUAAUCGAAGUGGCUGGCGUGCCUCGUUCUGGAAAAGUAGAUGUUCGUGGCCGGUAUAUGGGGUUUAUUGACGCUAGGGUACUACUAGAACCAGGUCAGUGUGGUGUUACUAUUUGUGCUAAGCUACUAUUUUUUAAAGAAAAUGAACUCCCGGGAAAUGUUCGUCCAUUAUUAGAAUUACCACCAACAAGUGCCAAAAUCAGUGCUCGAGAAACAGAUAUCGUUAUUGAUGCCUUUGGCCACAAUGCAUACAUUGUACUUAGAUUUGAUUUAAUAGAACCUCUUACGCCUAAAUCAAAGAUUGCAUGGCUAUAUGAAAGUAUUGGAUUUAUACCUCCCGAAGGUCCGUUAGUACCAAUGAAUGAUUUAGAAUGUAAUGCAAUUUCUGAAGAUACUAUGGUGGAUGUAAAACGAGUAUGCAAAGAAUGCGGUGCAUUAGCUGUUCAUAAAGAAUUAAGUGGCUUAGCAUGUAGAGGUGUAGUCCCUAUGAAUCAAGGUAUUAAAAGAACAGCAGCUAAUCGUUUGCUGAUGCGAGUGAGAGCAAUGAUUAAACAGUUUCCCCCUGGUGAAUGUUCGUAUAUAGAUUGGCAAGAUACAGUUACAGCUCAACAUGCAGCAUGUAGACGUGCUGUGACUUCUUCUUUUGAGCCUCAGCCCCCACCAUUACGACUUCCCUCGCGUGUAGCUGCAGCGAGAUGUCGAUUAGCAGGGGACAAUACAAUGGCAGAUGAACACAUGAAAACGAAUUUAAAAGUAGCAGGAUCUCACCCCAGGUCUCUACUAUCAAAGGCUUUAAGGUGUUUAGAGAAAAAAAAUGAUACAGAUGCUCGGAAUUAUAUACUUCAAGCUUUAAGUGGCCAAUCAAGGAAUAGAUUUUUGUUAUGGCUUUUUGGAGCUCAGGAAUUUGACAAAGGGCCUGAGGCUACUAAUGCGGCUGCUGCAGCUUUUAGACUUGCUGUAAAAGGUGAUUUUUCUGAAGGUACUACAAAUGCUAUUGGAUGGGCAGCAUUACACACUUUCUAUCAUUUUAAUGAAAAUCCUUAUGCAGCCUUUGUAGCAAUACAGAAAAUGAGGAAGUCAUAUGAACUACCAAGGGAAUGGAAGAAAUUUCUCCAGCGGUGGCUGGAAACUAGCGGAGAAGAAGAAGUGUUUUGGAUACCUGCGGUGGUAGCACCAAAUAAUCCUUUGCUGCUUGCAGCAACUUUGUUUCUUUGUUUACGUUGCUACGUGUUUAGUGAACGACUUUUACAAUGUGUUGAAAUGGGCUGUGCCACCCGUGGUUCUCGAUUUGGACUGAUCUCGAUAAUUAGCCCUGACUUAUAUUACAUUCGAGCUGCUUCGUUUCUCUUAAGGCAUGAGUUAGACAAGGCUUUAGAAGUUACAAAUGAGGGGAUAAAGAGAUUUGGACCUAGUGCUGUACUGUCUCAGAUGCGUCUCUCAUGUUUGACUUGUAAACGAGGGUGGGAUGGUGAGUGUGAAAAAGCGUUAUUAGAGGCAGAAAAAGCUGGUGCAGAGCUAUGUCCCGCUGUCCUUUUAAGGGCAGCUAUUGGUAAUUUUAAGAUAGACCUCAAGGUAUCUCUUCAACGAGCUGCCCGUGCUCAUAAAAUAGCCCCAUGUGCACAUUCUGGAUUGAUAAUAAGUCGAAUAUAUAUGAAACUUGGUGAGGAAAUAUUAUCAGAGCGCUGGGCUUCAGCCGCUGUGAAAUUUGAACCACUGCUAUCAGAUGGUUGGGCAGUUUUGGCUCUACUAGCAAUGUACCAAAGGAAUUUAGACAAAGCUAGGGCUAUGUUGCGAACUGCAAAGCAGGUCGGGUUUAUCAGUUCAGAUAUACAAGAAGAAGUGAAUAAAGUUAUCGAGAUUACUAAAUUAGAAACUUUGCCAGAAGCAUUGCAAAAAAAAAUUUGUUUCUGUGAAUAUUUUUGAUUGAAGCACUUUGUCCAUUCGUGUAUGCAUAUCUUUUGCAUAUCUAUAUUUAAUUAUUUAAAGAACCCAAAGUUUGAUAUGGACUUUUAAAUAAAUGUACUAUA